AUGGAUGGCCUCGACGGCUUGGGCGCCUGCGCGGCGCCCGCCGUCACGGGCAUGCCUCAGAUGCUGAUGUCGCCGCGCCUGUUCCAGCUGGCCCACGAGGCCGCCGAGCACCCACCCUGCGGCGCGGAGGCGGCCGCGGCGGCGGCCCUGGGCUGCCCGGUCCUGCCGGUUAUGCUGCCGGGCGUGCCGCAGCUGCUGCCGCUCGGGGCCUCGCAGCUGCUGGGGCCGCUGGUGAUGGGCCCGGGCGGCGGCGCGCUCACUGCUGCGAUGCUGGGCGGCGCCGGGCAGGGCGGGCCGGGGCCGCAGGACGCCCUCGCCGCCGCGGAGCAGGCUGCGGUGAGCCAGCUGUCGGCGGGCGAGCCCCAGCAGCAGCAGGACCAGGGGGCCCAGCCAGUCGUGAAGCAGGAGCCGACGCAGCACGAAGCGCCCGCCGGUCCCCACACGUUCCAGCCUCACGGGCUGCCUCCCCUGUUCGAGGCGGCGCCGCAGGCGUGCGCGUCGCACGCGGGGCAGCACAGGCCGCAGCAGCCGGCGCUGCUGGGGUCGCUGCCCUUGACGGUCCUGCCCCUGGCCCCGAGCUCGAUGCUGGACCUGCCAGCUGCACCCAGGUCGCCAGAGGGCCACGCCAAGGCCGGCUGUGCAGCGGCCGCGCCGCAGGCGUCCGCGUUCCACCCCUACUACGCCGCCCACGGCCAUACCCGCCGGCGGCUGUCCAGCACGACAGGCGGCGCGCAGCAGCCGGAGGGGGCGGGGCGGCCGGGCGCGCAGGGGCGGGGCGGCGCGCUGCGACUGAGCGGGGACGCGGCCCUCAUGAUGGACGACGCGGGCGGCCUGGGGCAGCUGCUGCGCCACAGCUCGCACCAGCUGCAGACGUACGGCAGCUUCGACAUCGAUGUGCUGCGCACCUCACUGCACAACAUGCGCAGCGCUGACCUCAACGAGAUGCUCAUGUCGGGGGAGCUCGCCGCCCUCACGGGCCACAUGGGCGGCGGCACGUCCCCAGACCAGGCGGCCGCCACCAGCGGUGCGGCCGCGGCAGGCCGCGUGUCUGGCCUGCUCAUGGAGCCGGAUGCUCCCAGCGUGAGGGGCGCCUUUGCCGCCGUCCACGGCGGAGGCGGCUUCGACGGCCUCUUCGACCUGGGCCCCGCGUUCCCCCUCAACCUCAGCGGCAUCGUGCCUGGCGCCCUCGGCGGCGGUGCUGCGGGCGCUGACCUGGCGCUGCACCUCGUAACCGUGGCGCCCUCGCCAGUGGGCGGCAGCCGCGCAGCAGCCGCCGCGGCACAGCAGCAGCAGCAGCAGCAGCAGCAGCAGCAGGUGCAGCAGAUGCCCCCGCCACCCCCAAUGCAGUUGCCGCGGUUGGCGGGUGUGUCCGGGCCGGUGCGCGGCCUGCCAGCUGCCCUGCAGCCGGCGCCGGAGGAGCUGAUGCGCUUUGGCGGUGCAGGGCUGCAUCUGCCCAAAGCGCCGCCGCUGCAGCGUGAGGGCAGCGGCAGCGCGGGCGCCAAGGCCAUCCUGCCGCCCAUGCAUGUCAUAGAGGGGUUGCUGUGA